UCUUGCUGCCCGCUUUCUGUCCACUCGAUGACCUAAUCCCAAUGCCAAGCUACAUACGGAUCAACUAUUACCCCGCCAUAUUCUCGCGUGCCAGCCGCAACUAGCUAGCCAAGACGCUAGCCCUACCUUCGGGAAUCGCAAGUUCCUGACACGACGCGUCUUCCCUGCCUUCGCGUCUCAUUCAACAACCUUCAGUUGCGAUUCAUGCUGGCUACGAUCGCCGAGUACUCCGCUUAUCCUCGACCACCUACUCGCUUUUCCCGCCUCACCCAAACUUCUUCUCACUCUUCCCACCUCACCCUAACAUCCUUCUCAGUAACAUCCAUCGUCACCUCCUUCAACUGACUGUGCGACUGUCAACACUCACACCCUCCCUUCUCGGUAACAUCCAUCUCACCUCUUUCAACCCACCGACCGUGCGACUGUCACCACUCACACCCUCCGUUUCCGCACGCCGCCCUCUCAAUUUACGACACUUCGCAUAAUGCCGUCCGCUGUUCCCCCUACACCACGCACCAUCGCUGCAUGGGUGCGAUGCAUCAAGACCGCCUACGACCGCAAAGACCCACGACUACUCCAGGAAAUGUUGAUUACGAACACAUCACGAGUGUUCAAGCGAAGACCUAUGCCAGCACUACGAAUCGAGAUCCAGCGAAACCUCCACACCCGCGGCGUUAUUGAGAAUGUCAUCGAGAAAGAAAUGGGCGAAGACUGGGAGUGGAAAGGAUUCACCGAUUUAAUGGUCGCCUAUCUUUGGAUGAUCGAGAGUGCCAACCCAAAUAUUCUGAGCCAGGCGAGACCAGGAUGGGAAGCCGAGUGCAAAAUUUACUUUGAGAGGAUGAAAGAUUUUAUGAUCGCGCUCAAUGCAGCAUACAGCCAUCCCAACGGCGCCAUAUUGUCACACUCCGCCAUGAUGUCGGCGAAGUGGUGUAUUAGAGUCGGCAGAUAUAUCGACAGGAUCGACAAUGAUCCCAGGCGCAAGGCCUGCCAGAGUCUCCUCAAUCCCCUCCUCCGGACCUUCAACCUUUCACUGAUUGGUGAACGGACACCGUACACGAUGCCCGGCCAGAUGUUGAAGAAGUCAGUGGCGAUUGACAUUGGAAAUUACUUGUUCAAGCUUUACAAUAAGCUCGCUGAAACCGGACUCUCACGUACUGUCCAUGGAAACCUUGGCAACGCCGGUUUGCCGAUGCAGCACCCGUUCUACCUGAACCCGACGUUGUGCACCUACAACUAUUACAGCGGGCUCGAGUUAAUGCGCGACCACUCCCUCUUGCGGGCCAGUGAGUCACUGCAGUCGGCAUACGACAUCUGCCUUCCCCGGUUCACCCGUCACAGACGGAAGAUCCUAAUCCCGCUGCUGGCCUGCAACGUGCUGAUCGGCAAAUUUCCCUCCCUCGAGAUCCUUUCGCGACCCGAGGCCGCCGGUCUCCAGGACCUAUUUGUGCCUGUAUGCAUGGCCAUCCGCAAGGGUGACUUCCGCGCAUUCAGGGUCGCAUUAGGCAUCGAGGGCCCCGAAAAGUGGAAGCGGGAAUGGUGGACGGAGCAGCGCCUCGACAUGCUGCUCGAAGACCGCGGCGAUAUCCUGAUCUGGCGCAGCCUUAUCAGGAAGAUAUGGCUGCUGACCUGCUCUCCGGAGCAGAAGCAGCAUAUCAUCCGCAUCGACGAUGUCGUUGCCUGCGCCACCGCCCUCCACCAGAGACAACCGGAGGACAUCGACCACAGGAUGUCACCCUCCGAAACCUCCGAUCCCACCUCGUGGUGGUACCGCGGCAGCGGUACUCGGUUGACGCGUAACCAGGUCGAGGGCAUCGUCCUGAGCCUGCUGGAUCAAAAGCUGAUCCGAGGAUACGUCGUCCGCCAGUCGAAGGACGAGAGCACCUGGCUUGUCUUGGGGAAGGGAUCUGACCCCUUCCCGAACGUCUACCAGCUCCUCGAGAGCAGGAGACCGAAAGACACCGGGAAGCCGAGGAUCGGAGGAGGCGGGGUGAUCAGGAUGAACGGGGUGAGGGAGAUCGGGGCGUAAUGGGGGAAGAGGCGGAGACGAAGACGAAGAUAAUAUGUAGCGUUUUUUUUCUUCCGGGGGUUUUCCCUGGCAUUUAUGAAUCCUUUUUCCUUUCAAGUACUUGGUUUUCUCUAUUAGUAUAUACCUAGGCGUUCUGGAGGUUGAGUUGUGAUGCUGGUCACUCCUGUGUUUAUGUACCGAACGAGUCGGAGGAAAAGGUCCUUGACGAGUAGAGGUUUAGGACUUGGGAGGGGCGAGGAGGGGAUAUAGUAGGUAUAGCUUCGGGGUGGAUGAUGUACGGCCGGUGUACUCUACUACAAGGUAUCCCGAGUGUCAUCACCAUUCAUAGGCUGCUGACUUACGGAGGGAGAUUUUGGCUUAGGAGGAGCUACAUCUGUCAAGUGCAAAUCGCAACAGGUGAACUCAACACUUCCGCAAGAGCGAUGAUGA